AUACUUACCUUGAUGGCACUUGCCCCUUCAUGUCCCGGGUUGGUGGGCCGUGGGGUCACUCCAUAGCACGGCGACCAUGUCCUCAGAGGGAGCCUGCGGUUUGUAUGGGCUUCGGCUCAUGCACCGUCUCAAUAUUUUCCUGUCCUGCUUCGGCCCUCGGGCUGGGCAGGCCAUUAUUUUUUGCUGGCUAUUUGGCCUAACCCUAACCUUAAUGACAUUCAGCUUCUAAGUAAUCACAUAUACACCAUUCAAUAUCCUUGGAGUUAAAUACAGUGUCCAAUGGUUUGCAUACUAUGCUACAAUAUAUUCAUGGCUGUCAUCGCAGCAACGACGGCGACAUCUCGCUCUCAGUUCGGGUUUCAAAGCUCUGAGACCUUCAUGAUGGUGCUGUAACAUACGUGGCCAUCAUCAUCGCAUUGUUAUAAACUUUCCUUGAGGUGCGGGUUGUUGCCAACCCUUUCCCAACCUCCAAAAUGUCCAAAACCGAGACGGCUGCAGGUGUAAAGGAUCCUUCCAAGCUGACAUUUGAAUCUGUAUUCACUCGGCGGAAGAUACUUGCUGCUUACUGGCUUGUUGUCUUGCUAGCAGUCCCUCUAUGGUGGAAGUACACUAGUAUUGACAGGUUGUCAUUGCCUGAGGCGAGAGUUCAGAGUGUGGCAAGUAAACAAUGGCAUUCCCCCAUUCGUGUUCAUAUUAAAUCAGAGGUCCCAGCGCACCCUGCGGAAGUCGUUGCUGCCGAUGUCUCUAAGCUGCUCGGCGAGGAUUUGAAAGACGUCGAUAGCGUCUCCAUAGACUUCGUCUCCAAAUCCACACCAGACACAUACCAGGUCCGUCUCCACAACAACGUGGACCAUACCUCGUUGAUAGGUCGUCAAUUAUCCAUUGGAAUGUUACCGGAGGAUGAUGACGAAUCUAUUCAGAUGUCCCGUUUGCGACUCGCAAGCAUACUCCGUCAUAUGCUCGUACCGCCUCCUCCGAGGGCAACAAGUUCAACGCAGCGUGUUGUCAAGUACUCACCCCGGUAUCGACUUGCUUUUACCUUGUUGAACGAGGACUCUGCAACGGGCAAAGCUGCAAUCAGUUGGGAUUUACAGCAAUCCAUGGGACAGUACUUGGGCCCGUCGCUCGACCGAUUCAAAGUGCUCCACAACUUCACUGUUGAGAGUCAGAUUCAGUUCCAUGCACCGUUGGCGUUCGCACCGAAGACCGUCGAGCAUGAGGGCAAAACGGUACACGGACUAACACACGAAGACCUCACUGUCUUCGUUAACUCGGCAGAAUGGACGUUGUCAUCUAGCGUUUCCAAUGAUCCAGUGCUUCAUUUCGUGCUUUUCGUUCCAUCAGCGAACCACACGCCACUACAUAUCCUAGAUAACGAAGGCAAACCAUCGGACUCAAACGCGUUCAUUCUUCCUCAAUGGGGUGGCAUCGUCAUCGUGAACCGCCCUCUUCCCCACCUGUCCUCCGCUGCCCUCAAACGGCCCUUUGAAACUUUCCGAGCGCAACUUUUGGCACUUCUCGGAGUGCCAGAAUUGCCACCAGCAGAUAUCAAAUCGGAUCACCCUGAAUCGUUCUCGGAUUGGCAGCUAGACGCACUCAUUCGUCAACGUACGGGGGAGAAUGUCAAGGAUAGUCAGGAAACGUUGGAAAGUAUCGUCAAGUUGGUGAACCAGAUUCAGAAUAUGCCAGUUGGGAAAGAUGUCAAAGGUGAUGUACAGAGUGCUUUGGACGCUCUGGAGCGGGCGUUCGAAGUUGGGUCUUCUUCCGCUGCCCGCGCACUCCAGUAUUCCGCCGAGGCGUUGAAACUAUCUUCAAGGGCCUUCUUCAACCCUAAUAAUCUCGGAUUGCUCUACUUCCCCGCGGAGCAUAAGUACGCAGUUUACACUCCUUUGUUUGCGUCAGUUGCUGCGCCCCUCGUUGCUGCUGUGAUUAGGGAACUCCUGGCCUGGAGGCGAGCUCGUCGUGAGCAGGUUGCAGCGGGUGAAAAGACGGCCGAAAAACCUAAGUCGGAUUAACCACCUAGUAUCCAGCAUUGUUUUGCUUUGCUCGGAGGUACACGUUAUGUAUGUAGGGAGCAGCUAAUUUAUUCCAACCAUGAUACAGAACAUCAGACUCAAGAUGGCGGACCUCCUGCUCGAGCCAUCUUCUUAUCGUGACCUGCUUUCCUACUAUGAUUUCCUCGACUGGCCUUGUGCUUAUCUUUCCAAGCUCUGUCGCGAGCACCGCCGCCCUCGGCCCGACCUCCUCCACUAGCACCUUCUCCAUGAUGUCCGCCCCGACCGCGUCCUCUUCCCGCACCGCGUGCUCCGCCUCGACCACGGCCACGGCCACGGUGCUGAGAUGAGCCAGCGGUUCCGGGGACUGGAAGGCCAGGUUGGUUUCCCGCAAACUCGUGCUUUCGAAGGAUACUGUCUUUCUUAGGCUGUAAUAUAAUAGAUUUGAGAACUGAGAAAUGUAACCAACGCGAGAAUGUAACUCUUACGUUGCGUUCGAGCAUGAUUCUCCAUCCUU